AUGGGAAGCUCCAAACUAGUGACUCGCCUAAUUACUGAAAAAACCAAUAUUCAUGCUACACAGUCAUGGCAAGAGCCAUUGAGCGGCGUCUUUCACAAUGUCACAGCCCUACACAUCGCCAGCGCUCCACAAACUCGCUCCCAGCUUCAUCCAACGACCCUAUUAACCUCUCUCUACCAGAGGAAUUCAUUCCACACUGAUAUCAACAAACCCGACAUCAACGGCUGGAUGGCACUCCAUUUUAUAGCGAGGAAUUUACGGCAAGUCGGCGCGUCGCGGUUACUAGUUCGUCGGGGUGUGGAUGUUCAUGCUAUUAGUAGAAUGGGAAAUACGGCUGUGCAUGAGGUUAUGGGUGCUGCUAAGCUUCAACGGCGCGAGAUGGAAGAUGGCACGCUGGAGUGUCCGGCAGCCUCAGAGAAGAUAUGGGCUGGUGAGGAGGUUGUUUCGGUGUUGAGGGGUGCUGAUGCGAGGAUUGAUGGGCCGAAGUUGGCGGACGCCGGCGGAGUUGUUAGUUGGGAGACGGGGGACAGGGGACAGGGGGGUUGGAUAGGUUAA